AUGACGGCCAGCAUCGCCGGUGGCCCCUUGGUCACCACCCAGAUGGCGAUAGUGUCCAUAUCGGCGACUGGAUAUGCCCCAAAGGUCAAGCCGACAGCCAACCUGCAAAGCAAGAAGGCCAAAGACUCAUUUCACAACCAGACUGCUCGGCAACACGCUGCAGCUUCUGUCUUACUAGCGGACAAACUAGAUACGAAGGAUCCUACCGCAACUGAUCUAGAUAUCUUAGGUCUUUGGGAUCCACUGAAACGACCUGAUGGCUCCAAAGUCUUACCUGACUCUACCGAAGACGAGGACUUCGAUGAGUAUGAGCAUAUUUUGGCUGUCUCACGAUUCCAUGAGGCUUUGAUGGAAGGCGCCAGGGAACUGGGCCACCGGCAAAGGGAUGCCGACUUCAUUGCACCUGAGCCUGUCGAUCGAGAGACUCUCAGAGCUAUCAUCAAUGCUCACAAACGCCACCAUGGGUUCCCGGAUUUCGAGAGGAGAGAGUCGCAAGUUGUUGAGUCUCGUUGGGUACCACCAGGUAUUGUUGAUGAAGCUGAGGUUGACCAGUUUCUCAAAGCAUCAAUGGCUACUGAUGCCAUCUCUCGUUUGCUAAAAGAGGCUCUUUCUGACGAAGAGAGAGAAAAAACUCUUACCGAUACACGGAAUGGUUUCAUAUGUGACCACUUCCAGCAUGGAGCUCAAUGCAUAGGCGGACCGACAGUGGCUGAAGGCGUCAAGCUCCUCAGAUGCACUCCUUAUCCAGAGCUCAACUUGUACCUAGAGUCGCCAGUUACCCAUCGCUGA